GCCCUGCCUCGACUUAGGGCCCUUGAAGCAUGGAAGGGCAGUGGGGGGGACGGAGAGUGCGCUGACUUUGCUCCCUACGUCGAUGUCCCCCCUGCUCUGCUAGCUGGGCCCCCUUUUGUUGUCCAACUAGGACAACAAAACGCCGUGACUCGUCUCCAAUCACUAUUGGACCGACGCUCUUCGCUAGGGAACUGCCGCCCCAUAAUACAUCAAAACUAGCUCCAUAAAUGACCCACACCUGUCCCCAUCAUUGGUGCCCUUUGGGGGAUAGUACACGUCACCGAUAUCUCUCGGCUCUCUUAUCUUAUCCAACUUGUCGCUCCGCCGACGGAUAGGUUUGAUGAACCCGUCUCAUAAUGUCUGUCUAUAACAAUUAUUUCCCUGGAAUAAAUCAUCGGGAAACGUGCUUGGAGGAACGACCUUGACCAUGUAUUUACCAAUAUUUGUACCGACGCUCUCCAUCAGCGGCGGUUCUACUCUCAUCUGGUUCCAUCUAGUCCCUUCGACACAUGCUGCCUUAGCUCAGCGACGCGCUGACGUCAACCACGUUAUAUUCAUUACCCAAUGCGUGGGGGAAUCGGAUGAAUCGCCGAGCAUGUUCACAAAUCUCUCAUGGUGUCUUUUCUCUUCUUCCCCGAUCAUCCACCGCUUACCCCAACUACAACGUGUCUUGCGUCCCAUCGAUUUGGGUUCAGUUAAUUCCGAAACGCCCGCGUGGUUAUACUAUGUAACCCCGAAUAUUUACGACGUGACGUUAACUUCUUGGUUUUAUAUUAUGAUGAUUCGUCGGGAACGGGCUCCCGCCGCCAAUUGGCAUGGAGUCACCUGAUGCCGUUCGUGGACACGCUCACGUUGAUCUUAUCUCUAGUUCAAGCAACCAAUGAUGCAUGUGCGUCAAUAUCGGCGCACAAACAAGGUCAAUUUGGUCCAACUUUUCAAGUGCAAUGAGAUGGGUGCGCCUUUGUAUGGUCAUGCGAACACUUUCGCGUUUGCAAGAUCUCAACUCUUCUCCUUCUUGGAGUUGAAAGAGAGAAAUUCACCGAGGCGGAGAAUUUGAG